AUGUUGAUGCAUGCUCCCAGUUCUGGUAUGGAGGUUGCGAUGGCAACGGGAACAGAUUUAGCACUGAGAAUGAGUGCCUACAAGCUUGCUCUUCCAAACGUAAGUUUUGUUUGGCCCACAAGAAAGAGAUGUCAAAUUCAGUUCUGUGGAACCCUAACAAAGAGCAUGUUAUGUGUUAGUUUUGUGGCUUGUGUGAUGAAGUUGGAACUUUCUGCAGGAGAGAAACAAAAUGCAAUCCUCAUAUUGUUUCCUAAAGUUAUAUUAUUCCAGUGA